AUGCAUGCCGCCCUGCGCGUUCCAGAACUGCUGGACUUCAUCUGCGAAAGCUUACAUCGACCACUUCCGCCACUGAGCGAGGUGUACGAGUACCAGCCGGGGAGCGAGCUUGUACGCCUUGCUUGCACGUGUCGGGCUUUCUACGGAUCUGCUUUACGCCAGCUGUGGCGUACUGUCCCUCUCAGCGCCGUCCUUCGUCUUUGGCCUGACGAUGCAUGGGACACACGGUCUCUCGGAUCUCCUCCGAGGAUGACGAUGGUCCUCAAGUAUGCUCGACGCCUUCGUGACAGCGAUUGGGACCGCAUCCGUGCCUACGAAGCUCAUAUUCGCGAACUCAUUGUCGUUGGGAGUAACCCCUCACUCGACGUAGUGCUCCCUACCCUUGCAUCCCAUCUCCCGAUCACCAUGUUCAGAAACCUCAACACACUCGUUUGGGACCGUAAUGCCGAUUAUAUCGACCUGUUCCUACGCACGUCCGUCUCUCACAUCGUCGUCGAGGCAUACAAGCUUGGAACGCGGCUUCCCCUGCUCCUCGAAAGAAUCUCCGACUCCCCAUGUCGGCUGCGUUCCCUCACGCUCACUGAAGGAGCAACCCGGACACCCCCAUCCACGUCUCAUUCAGUUUUCCCCAACACCCCGCAGGUCCACCAUGUCUUUCUGGAGCCCAUCUCCCGCUUCAUCAUCACACUUACUCUCUGCAGCGCCCCCUUGACUAAUCUACAUGUACCGACGUUGAGUAUGGCCGGGCUCAGCUGCCUUUCACGACUCGCCUCGCUACAUUCGCUUGCGUUGGAUGUCCUCCCGAGAGCAUUGGCACUCGACUCGUCGGAAGUAUGGCCCUUCCCUGAGUUGCAAGAACUUUCCAUUACCCAUGAGGAUACGCCGCUUGUCGCUCGUUUCCUGCAGCGCCUCCGUCCCGGCGUGCCGCUACGCUCGUUCCAGGUUGAAUUUCAGCCGUACCCCACUGCGGAUGGACAACACGACCUCUUCGGGGCUCUCGCAGCGUGUUUGGGCAACGCAACGCUCGAGGUACUGUCGCUCGCUGUCCAGGACAUCUACGACGAGGACUCCAUCAGACUGCUGGACGACCCAGAGCUAUAUGUCCUCCCGGCCGAAACAUUGCGUCUACUUCUCUCCCCCGCCUUCAAAUCGUUACGCCACGUGACGGUCGCAUCCGCGCUGGGCUUUGGCGGUGACAUUGACGAUGACUUCCUUGAAGACCUGGCCCGCGCCUGGCCAGCCGCCGAAACGAUCACGUUGCUCGGUCCCGCCGCUGUCCAUCGCCCUGCGUGUUCGCUGAAAAGCCUGGCCAGCCUCCAGCGCGAAUGUCCCGCGUUGCAGGCGCUCACUUUGCGCUUUGCCGUCGAGUCAGUGGAGUUAUCAGUGCCAGCAAGAGAGCAUCCGCUCACGCGGCUCGACGUCCAGAACUCGCCGUUUCUGGUAGACAACUUGAAGCCGCGGCGCGUGGCGCGUUACCUUGCGGCGCUGUUCCCGCACUUGCGCGCGAUUGCGACCGCGGGGGAGUACAGCGAAGGUUUUGACUCGGACUCGGAUGAAGACGAGGAGGAAUUCGACUACGGGGUGAACGAGCUGCCGGACCACUGGCUGCGGUAUGACCGCGAGAAGCGGUGGCAUAAAUUGUGGAAAGCGGUCGAGGCAAGGCUAAAUUGA